GUGCCGUUAGCUGCUGAUGAGCAGCUUCUGCUGUGUUCCCGCCGCUCUAUAGGUGGAGCAAGAAAGGCAGACUGAAAACGUCAAAGCAAGAAAAAAAAUGUAGCCAAGCAAGUGGUCUCUUUACUCAGCUGCUUUUAGUGCACAUACAUGGUUUGUGUGACAGCAGCAGCCCCUGUUAACUAACAGCAAUGAAAUGCAGUCAGUGCUGCAAGUGGGGAAGCAAACCGCCACUGAGCCAGUGACUAAAAUGAUCCUUCCCUGAGCUAGCCUUCACACACACACACUCUCUCUCUUACGCACACACAUAUACACACACUAGCUCAAAUUGUUUGACUGCAUCAGGGGAGAGGGACUUGCUUUCUGAUGUUCGUGGUGCCUGAUUUCUUUUGGUGACUGCAUUCUAUUUUUUUUUUAAUUGCUUUCCUCAGGAUGGCGGAGGCAGAAUUACACAAGGAGAGACUACAAGCCAUAGCAGAAAAAAGAAAACGACAGACAGAAAUUGAACAGAGACGACAACAGCUAGAAGACCAGAUCCUUCAGCUACAGCACUUCAGGUCUAAAGCCCUUCGUGAAAAAUGGUUGCUGCAAGGAACCCCAGUUGCAAAUGCAGAAGAGGAAGAAGCUAGGAAAAAGCAAUCCGAAGAGGAUGAACACAAGGUGAAAAGGCUGGAAGGUAGCAUCCAAAGACUGGAGCAGGAAAUAAAUCAGCUGGAGAGUGAAGAAUCCCAAAUAUCUGCCAAAGAACAAAUAAUCCGACAGAAGCUUAAAGAGACAGAGAAAUCAAUUGAGGAUCUCCAGAAGAGCCUCUCCAAGCAGCACGGAGAUGCGAUGAAUUAUAUUUACUCACAGAUUCCUGACCUCCCUGAACAACAUUUCCAGAGAAAGGACUUGAUUUUUGGGUAUGAAGGAGCAAGCAGAGGACCUGCAGUAUAUGCCAUGGAAAUAAAUGUUCAGAAAGACAAGCAGACAGGAGAAACCAAAAUCCUUUCUACCUCAGCCAUUAGUCCUGAAAGUAUCCAUCAAAGGGGAGUAAAAGUGUAUGACGAUGGCAGGAAAGUGAUAUAUGAAGUCAGCUCUGGAGGUGCUGUGGUAGAAAAUGGAGUGCACCAGCUAAGCUCCAGAGAUGUAGCCGAACUUCUACAGAAAGCAACUCAAUCAAACAGUAAGCCUGCUUCUGAAGCAGUAACUCUGUCACAAAGGACUGUACGAAUUGAUGGAAAUCCUCUGCUAAGGAAAGAGCAAAUGCUCUUCAAGGAAGCAAAAUUAGAAAAGGUACAUGGCUCUGGCUUGAGUGCAGGACAUGAAAAGGGUGUGGUUUCAGCAGAUGAAAUUCCAAACACCAAUGCUGAACAACCUGUCACAAUGAUUUUCAUGGGUUAUCAAAAUAUUGAGGAUGAAGAGGAAACAAAAAAGGUCCUUGGCUAUGAUGGGACCAUGAAGGCAGAACUGGUCUUGAUUGAUGAAGAUGAUGAGAAGUCACUACGUGAAAAGACUGUAACUGAUAUAUCAAUAAUUGAUGGCAAUGCUGCUGAUUUGGUCUCUGGAAGGCCUCAGUCAGACACAACUGAGCCCUCCAUGUCAGAAUGUCGAGAGGAAAGUGCAGCCAAGGAACCAGCGGCAGGUACAGAAAAGAAAAAGCGCUGUCAGUGCUGUAAUGUCAUGUGACCUCUCUUACUUUUCCUUGUUCUUCUUAUCUACCAGCACAUAUAGACAUACUCUCUCUUACUAACAAGCAUUUGUUUGGUACAGUGAACUGGAGGUUGGAGGGAUCUAAGCAUAUAACUACACUGUAGGCUACAGCUUAUUUUUCUCACGGCAUCAGCAAAAUAAUGUAGCAUAUAAAUGGUGAGAAAAAAAUUGAGUGAAUCAUUGUGGCAUAAAAUUUCUUUAAUGUAAAUUAGCAAAACAACAUGCUACCUUCACAGUCCAUUCCUGUUAAUUCAACUGAAUUGCCUAACUCACAACCAUUAAUGUUAAUAAUAGGAUAUGUCCUAGGAAUAGGUGAGUCCAUUAAGCAAACUGGAAAAAUAAAGGUUGUGUGGGUCUGUGGAUAAAACAUUCUGAUCAUGUUCCACAAAAAACUGAUGUGUUGGCACUGUACUUGGCAUUUGAAAUGUAUUAUAAUCCUAUAAUAUUCCAUUUAAUUAAAAUGGAAAAGGAAAUCUAGACAGAGUAUAGAAAAUGGGUAGACACUAAUACAGUGCACCACACUAGAAAAUUAAAGGGUAUAACUAAUUGUUUUAGUUUCAGUUAUUAUAUGCUUUAAAACUACAUUCGAUAGCAGCUGGUCAUGGCAAACAUAUUACUGUCAUUACAACUAGGACUAUUAGUAUGUAAAAUAAAAUAUAAUAACAAAAAGCACAGAUUGACUGAAUGUGUACCAGGGAACAUUAAUUAUCUUCAUGGCUUGCUGUUGCCGUUUUGUAAACUUCCAGUUCACAGUACUAUAAUUCUAGACUCUUACCUGAAGUUAAUGCUGAACAAAGUGAAAAUUGUACAGUGUUUAAAAGUUGCAGUAUGAUUACACUGCAGUUAUCUUUUUUAAUUUAAUGACACAAUAUGCCUUUUAGUAAUUGUGCCUCAUUUUAUUUAAUGAGCCAAAAUGGGUGGUUGUAAUAUAAAAAUGUUACUAUAUUUAAUUAAUGUGUUUCAACAGGUCCUGAAACAAAUAUUGUUUGAGUCUCCUUAGGAAAUAUUUAAUGUGAUUCAAUUUUAGGAGAUACCAUACAUUUUGAAAUGGAGAACUUCUAUCUUUCUACCUUUCUUUUUUGCAUUUUAAGAUUUUUUGACAACAUACUCAUACGACAUGACUUUAUACUUUCAAUUAUAAGAUGCAUUUGAAAUAUCAGACUUUUCUAUCUUUCAAGAUUGCAGUGGUUUUGAUAUAAGGUUUCUACUCUUUCAGAGAUGAGCUAAUAUAAAAACUGCUGCUUCACCAGUCUAGACAUAUUCAAGUCCUUCCUCUGUUCUCUUUUCUUUCUGUGUUAAUAAGUUCUAAACAUUAAAUGCAACUUUAAUUAGGGUGCACAUAACUACAGACUAAUCACAUCAGAUUAAGCUUAUUACCUGAUCGGGCAGAUCCAGCGUCUAAAAUCCAUCUUAAUAACAUACCCAAACUUAGUAAGUGUAGAAAUGAGUCAAAGUACAGAAAUAAUAUUUUAGAGACAAAACAAUUUGUACACUACGUGGUCUGAGUAAUAAAGACAGCUCCUGCUUCAUGGGUUUGAUGUAAUCAUCAUCAGCAAAGAAGCAGACAGAACAAGUAGUUGUUACUCACUUAUAUCAACGAAUUACUGCACAUUCUCCAACCAAUGGAAGAAAAAUGUGUAUAUGGGAAGAGCAAAUGUAAAAGCCAUAAAAAUCAACAGUUUUAUUUUAAUGCACGAUUAAAACAAAAAUUCAAAAAAGCAAUUUUUUCCAGCAUCUCUUCACUGAUAUUUGUAACACCAUUCCUUACGAGGAAUACAGCUGUUCAUACUCUCUAGUUAAAGAAAAUGUAUCCCAGCUAAGACGACAUGUCCUGUUUGUUUUGUACAUUGUGAUGUCCAACAAAAGUGUCUUCUCUUAUAUUUCUGUGUUGCAACCUGAUGUUGAUUAGUGAAACAGGAUGGGGCUUAUAGUGUUCUUCUAUGGGAAAUAUAACAAACCAGUUAUUUAUUUAUUUUGUCAAAAGACCCAUUUCCUUGGGAAAAGGGGAAAUAUUUUUAUAUUUUCAGGUUUAGGAGUAGCCUUCUUCCUGUACUUACUACUUGACAAAGUUCCUAUGUAUCUCAAGAACUAAAUGCAGCAAGCCUAAAGACAUUUGGGUAUCAGAAAAAGUUCAAUUUCAUCUGCAUAACAGUUUUAAAGCAAACAGACUACGUUUCUGAAAAAAGAGGUCUUAAAUGUCAGUGCUCAAUGAUCUUGUUCCCCUAUGACAAGAUAUUUUUCAGUCAUAUUCAUCCAUGUGGUAAGGAUAUUUACAUGUACUGCGGAAACCAGUGUCCUAUCAUUAGUUUUCUUCAAGGGUAACCACCAAAGGAACAGUUAGUAAUUUUUAGCAGACCAUGCUGACAGAAUACUAAAAUGAUUUUCUGAGCUGAAGACAAAUGUAGCUUGAAAUUUCAAAAUUCAGCAGUAGGUGUGCUAGAAUAAAAGUAGCUGCCAUAGUGCAACCUGUAGCAAGCACUACUUAGAAUGCUGUCUAUGAUUCCAGCAGUUACGUUAUGUGCUCCAGCACAUUCGGGGAGUAUAACUUCCUAAUGACACCUACACUGCCCAGUCAGUGGAAAGCAAACAGCAUACAGCUGGCUUGGGAUUUACAGCUGCUUUAAAAUGAAAAAUGUAAGCCAGCAAACUGUGAGGCUGAAAAAUAAAUGUAUUUAGUUAAUGCAAUGCACAAAACAAACCGAGUACACUGAGGAAGGCUGGGUUGUGUACCAGCCAAAACCGGUUUGUUUUGUGCAUUGCAUUAACUAAAUAAAUUUAUUUUUUCAGCCUCACAGUUUGCUGGCUUACACUUUUGGUUUUGGAUUUUACAUUGCUUAAGCCGUGCAAUUGCCUUUCAUGCAGGGGGAACUUUUUUUAUGCUGCUUUAAAAUGAACCAUAUAAGUAUAUUGCUUUCUCAGUAUAAAUACAUCUCACUGAUACAAUAUUUACUGUUUCCCUGUUCUGUCAAUAAUAGCACCUGCAAAAACAUGGUGUGGAAUUGUUUUAACUUACAGUGAGAUUUGUGAUUUUCUGCUGGUCUGACACUUGUCCCUGCUAAAACAGCAGUACAGCAUUUCAUAUUUUAGCAGAACUAUUGUAUGUAAAUGAUGCAGGGAUAUUAGUGUAGGUGGGCAUCCGGCUUUAUUUCAUCUCUGAGGCAGGGAAGUCGGAAUCAUGUGGGUUAUUUUCCCAAGUGAGAAUCUUGGGAUAUCUACACAGCAUAUGGGACUAAUUCUAAUACUGACACUGUAGUGAAGCAUGGCAGACAUAAGCAAAACACUUAAGUGGCACUAUAUUUCAGAUAAGGAUGCAAAUUCAUCCUCUUGCCGUUGUUGAAUUUUUCCAAAUGAGUGCAACUGCCUUUAUUCAUUAUGAUGUCCAAAUGUCUCCUGUUCUGUAAUAAAAUACCUCGUUAUUCACUGAUAAAAAUAGUUUGCAGUGAUCUAGAUGGGUUUAGUUCACGUUGUCGUAAGCUGACAAUAUCGAAUACGAUAUUGUCGGCACGACAAUGUCGAAAGUUCAGAACAUUGCGCAGGUAAAUUGAAAUCUCCGUAAGGGGAGAUUUCCGUUUACCUCAAUGUAGUGCAGUCUUGGAGUUGGUAUAUUUAAG